AUGUCUCUGGGUGGCUUCAACGCUCUACCAAAUGGCGUGUCGAACGCCAUCACGCCAUGGAAGGUGAACAUCCCGCAACAGGAUCUCGAUACUCUAGCGACGUUGGUCAAGAUAGCUCCACUCGCGCCGCCGACUUUUGAGAACUCUCUGCCUGGACAGAACAGACGCCUUGGGCUCCCACGAGACUGGCUUCGGGCGGCCAAGGGAUACUGGGAAACCGAGUUUGACUGGAGGAAGCACGAAGAGCAUCUGAAUACAUUCCCUCACUUUAAGGCGUCGAUCAAAGACACUUUGGGGAACUUUGAUGUUCAUUUCGUCGCCCUGUUUUCGAAACGCAAGGACGCCAUCCCCAUCUUGUUUCUCCAUGGCUGGCCAGGGAGUUUCCUUGAGUUCCUCCCUCUGCUGCACAUCCUCCGGUCGAAGUACUCGGCAGAAGACCUGCCUUACCAUCUGGUAGUCCCGAGCUUGCCGGGUUAUACCUUCUCUUCGGCGCCACCCUUGGACCAAGACUUUCGAGCCGACGACGCCGCGCGUAUCUUCGACACGCUCGCCUCCGUCCUCGGCUUCGAGUCGUAUAUGGUCCAAGGUGGCGACGUCGGCGGCCGCGUAGCCCGCAUAAUGGCAGCACAGUACCCCAAAUGCAAGAUAGUUCAUCUCAACACGCACCCGAUGAACCCUCCUGCCGACAGUGACAUUAGAUCCGCGAUCGAUGACGUCGAAAAAGCAGCACUCGAAAGACACAACUUCUUCCUUCAUAAUGGGACCGGUUAUGCAUGGGAGCACGCUACACGCCCUAGCACGAUCGGCUUCGUGCUCUCAAGUAGUCCGCUUGCGCUGUUGGCCUGGAUCGGCGAGAAGUUCAUGGACUGGACCGACGAUGAUCCCUCGCUUGACGUGAUUCUCGAGUCGGUAACCUUGUAUUGGCUCACUGGGUGUGCAUCGACGAGCCUCUGGUCUUAUCGCCAAUUCUACGGGCCUGGUGCGGACAACCACGGUUCAAAGAAAUGGUAUAUCAACAAGCCAUUUGGUUAUUCGUGGUUCCCAAGGGAGCUCAACCCUGUCCCCAAGGCGUGGAUUGAAACAACUGGUAACCUGGUAUUUUUCAAGCGGCAUGACAAAGGAGGACAUUUUGCGGCCAUGGAAAGGCCGGAAGACCUAUGCAACGACGUCGAAGAGUUCUUACAGAAGGUGUGGCAUGAUUGA